AUGGAGCUGUAAGAAAUAAUAAAGUGGAGAUGAAGCCGACUGUGGAUGAGAUGUUUCCUGAGGGUGAGGGGUCCUAUGUGGACCUGAAUGAUGCUGGAGAUAGGAUGAGGCUCUUGAUGGACUUGGCAGCCCAUGAAAAGGCAGUACUUGAAGACUUUUUAAAUGACAUUGAAGAUCUCUUUGAUGAAGAUGAUGUCCAGUGAGGCUGUCAGGUCACAUAAACUCCUCAUUUGUGAUCAGCCGAUUGUAGAGACCUUGUGAAGAUCACUAGAAAUCAGGACCUGGUCAACCAGGGAGGGGUACUGUGUGAACCAACAGGGUGCUGAUGUCUUUGAGAACACCAGACUUUUGUACUUGUUUAAUUUUUUUAAAAGUGCACCAACUGAUGCAUCCACCAAGGACAAUGCAGAGAACCUAGAUCCCCUGUUUAGAUGUAGCCAAUGGACAACUCAUUCUCUACUUGUGUGUGUGUGUGUGUGUGUGUGUGUGUGUGUGUGUGUGUGUGUGUAUGAGUGGGAACUGCCUCUGACAUGAACUCUGGCGCCCCCUGAUUUGAUCACAUCCCCUUGAUGGGGAGGCCUAGAGGAAGGAGAUGGAGGCUAUCCAGAAG